GUUAUCGAACAGUUAGCACGAUGUAUUCUUCGAUGAAACUCUUCGCCUGUGCAUUUAUAUUUGCCCAGAUGCUGGGCACUAUCCAUUGCAGUUCCUACGACAAUACGGAUAACUGGGUAAUUUCCGAUAAGACGUAUAAUUUCCCGGAAAAUGCUGUGCUCGGAGGCAUCGAUUCAGAUGGUUACUACAGCUAUGUGGGUCGCACAGAUUACGCUAGCUCAGUGCUGCCAGCACGUGUUAGAGCCGAGACUGGAUACGCUACCUUUAACAACGAUUCAUUGGGUAAGCGGGCCCCCUACUACGAGCUGUUGGUAUCCAAUGCGACCCUCACCUAUCACUGGGUGCGCAGCUACGAUGGGUUUAGAGAGAAGCAUGCUGUAUCUGUUGGCACAACCGUUCAAGAUGAGCGCGUCUACGUUUGUCGUGCUAAGACCGAUGGUGGCAUUUUUAUCGGCACCCUCUAUUUGUCAAAGAGGCUUUGCUUCAUCCGCGACGAGAGCUUCCCUCUGAGACAGUUCAGCAAGUACGAGGUGCUUGUUCGUAAAGUUACCCCAGUACAGAGGGCAGCCAUCAAUAUUUAAAUUAAUUGAUUGAUU